GGGUAUGUUUAAAUAGCACGAUCGAGAGUUGACUUCUUCAGGACGGGGCAAAAUCCCGCAAUUUUUAGCAUCAAACCUCAAACACACCAAGAAGACUGUCCCUGUGGCGAAACGACGGAUAUGAAGUCAGUCCGGAUGGCAGUGGAGUGGAGUUUCGACCCCCAUCCUCGCAAAGGGCGUGCAUUCUGUCGAUCUCUCGGAUUCCUCGCUGACUUUCACUGCCCCUUAGGAAACCGGGUCAUGGUGGGAUCCUUUCCCACGGUCAAAGCACAGAAUUCACCGGAGAAAAAAAAUCGUCCAGUCAUGUCAUCGCUGCACUCAAUUCCCACGAUGCAGGGAUUCACCUGUCAGCUCGAUUGCGUGGACGCAGGUACAGCCACGACUGCUGCAGCACGAAGUAUGCAAACCUCGGACUCGGGCCACUCUCCUGUGACUGUGACCCUGUCCGACUUGACUUGGCGACGAUCUCAAUCUCAGCGGAAGUGUUUAUUUAUAGCAGUGCAGCACGGUGGUGGUUGGAGCCAUGGAGAUGCUUAUUGGAACGGUUCGAACCAUAGUUCCUCUGGUGGAACCCACUCUGCCGUCUCCCUAAACAUGGGAGGCUUGAAACUGGGGAGUUCGGGACGGACCAACCGGAGGUUUGAGAACGCCUGGAUGUUGCGUCUUGAGUCUCAGAGUGAGCCCGGGACGAGAUCGAUUCCGUGGGACGGCUCAGUUGAUGGAUCGGGCGAGCGAUUUGACUAAUGGUGAUGGAUUUAUUGCUGUGGUGGUGGAUGUUGGCACUCGGGAAGAUGUUGGGUUUCCCGCUCUCGUUGGAAACGAUCGGCCAGUCCUCCGUGGUACUCCGUGCCUGGGAAUGCAUCUAGCCAGUUGUGGCUUUCGAUCGAUGGUCUGUCCACUGGCACACACGGAAAAGACCUGUUGUUUCGAGGGGAUCAGGUUGAUUAAACUAU